AUGCUGGCCUUCCUCCGACUCACCACCCUGGUACUGACCGCACUCGGCCUACUUCUUGCUGCAGAUGCAACGAAGAAACGUACUCCCUCGGACUCCUCCUGCAAAACCAACGCCGAAUGCAUCCGCGCUGGUCAGCCUCUCCUCCGUCCUCGAGUCCGAUUCGCCGACACCAUCCUUCACGAAAGGCGCCAGAACACAGGCCAGGCCUUUGUACCAGUACAGACCUCGUCCUGCGGUACCGCUCAAGAGGUCUUUCUGCCGACCGGGACGUACCAGGUGCAGCUGAACGGCGCUGCAGGGGGUGGAGAUGGAAGCGGGAUAUACAAGAAUCGAGGAGGUCUGGGAGCGACAAGUCCGGCGGAGUUCUUCGUCAGUCGCAACAUCACGAUCGGAUACUUUGUGGGAUGCGCAGGCAGACAGAACGCUGGAUCGGGAGGUGGGGGUGGUUCCUUCGUGUACUAUCUUGGUCCAGAGCAAGCCUACAUCAUGAUUGCAGGGGGUGGAGGUGGUGCCGGCUACAACCCGAACUCACCAGGUGCCGACGCCGGUUUCUACGAAGGGCAAGCGACCGUUCCCCCCGGUCAGAGCGGCUACGGUGCCCAGGGCGGAAGGGGCGGACUGGCUGGCGGUGUAAAAGGUGGAGCUGGUGGGGGUGGCUUCGUCUCCGCCGGGGGCAAUGUGGGAACCACCGCGUAUGGAGGUAGCCAGUCAAUCAACUACGGCGGGACUUUUGCAGGCGGUGUAUGGAAUUCGCAGUAUGUAUCCAACCAAGCAAGCGGUGGAGCAGGGGGCGGAGGUUCAGGAGCGGGCUUUGCCGGCGGAACGGGCGGUGGCGGUGGUGGUGGAUACUCAGGAGGCCAAGGAGGGAUAGCCACCUCUUACGAGAGAGGAGGAGAGGGUGGCGGAGGGGGCGGCUCCAACGUCCAGAUCAACCCAUAUGAGGGCGCCAUAAAGGUGUCGUCCGAUCUGAGGAACCCGGCAAGCGCAGGCAUGGGGUCUCUGACCAUAAUCAAGGUGGCAUAG